AUUUUCUGGUAAUGUUCCUCUAUCAAGAGUUUACGAAACCCAAAUGGCGAAAUUCUCUAAUAAAUUCAGCAUGAAGUCAAAAUAUGGAGCCUUGGCGGUGACUGCGACUCCCAUUGUCAUCUUGGCCGGCAUUUAUGUCGGAAUGGCUUAUGCAAGUCGGUACGCUGGGAAAAGAAAACACAAGGCUAAUGCUCUCGGUAGGUCUGUGUCCAUGGGAGCUCUCCACGGAGGAAAAUUAGCAGUGCGGAGAUUAAUCGACUAUCAAACUUACCGUGCUUCUGAAACUUCCUCCACUGAUGCUGAGAAAGAGUUGAAAGCUUUACUGGAAAUGGAAACGCUGGAUGUUAAAUCUCUUCAGGAGAUUGCUGCGAGGCUAGAGCUGAGUGGAAAAGAAGGUGAAGCCGUUGAGAUACUAAGGAAUGCACUCAAGGAUCCUGAAAUGCAAAAGAAACCACACGAAGCCUACGAGAUGGAAAUGUUGCUCGCAGAAAUGUUGAUCUACAAAGGAGACUAUGCAGGAGCUUUAAAGUGCAGGUGCUUGCAAGAAAAUAAUAUUAGUGAUGCUCGGCGCCCGCUAUACAAGGCCAUAAUCCAUACAAUCCUCCAAGACGAAGAAGACAAGAAAGGCAAAGAAUACUUUGAGGAGUACAAAGAAAUUCAGAGUUGUCUUCACUGGCCACCAGUUUCAUCAGAAGACAAUAGUGAUAUUCAAAGCCUGUAUAUAUCCGACUUUGAACGCUUCGAGAAGGCAGUUCGUGUCCUCAAAGAUGAUAUCGAAAUGGCAAAGCUGCGCAGUGAUAGAUAGUCUUUUCCGACUUGUAUAUGUUUUUAGCUACUUUGGCAAAACCUAAUAUUUGGAAACUCUUUUUCUUUUUCUUCUCCAAUUGUGCAAAAUAGAUGGAAACUGAAAUGUUCAUUGGUACACUCUAACAAAUGAA